UGAAAUAGAUUGCAGUGAAUCGGUUGGAAAUGUUGAAUGAUUGAGUUUCAUUAAUACAUUAUCUCCAUUUUCAGGGUUCGAUUUCUUCAAAUGCAUCUGCUUCUACCGCAGUUACUAGACAGUAUAUUCGUGUAAGCCCGAUUCAUAGAUUUUUCAGAAUGGAGACUUUUCUUGAAGGAGAUCUCACCUUGGAACAAAUAAUCAUCACUCGACGAGAAAAUUGCGAGGAUAUUAAAGACUUCACACCUGCAAAUGACACAGGUGAAGUGUAUUGUCCGAGGGAGUUCGAUGGCUGGAGUUGUGUUAACUGGACUUCGGCCGGCCAGGUCGCUCACUUCCCAUGUCCCUAUUUUAUCCUCGGCUUUGAUCCUAAACGGUUCGGUCAGCGAACGUGUUUGAUGGAUGGUACUUGGUUCAGGCAUCCUGACAGCAAUAAAACCUGGUCGAAUUAUACGACCUGUGUUGAUCUCGAGGACCUGGAGCUGAGAAAACAUGUGAAUUUCAUAUAUAAGACAGGAUAUUCAAUAUCUCUAGCAGCCUUGAUCAUAUCCUUAUUUAUCUUCUUCUAUUUUAAAUCGUUGAGCUGCACACGCAUUCAAAUACACAAAAAUCUGUUCCUAUCUUUGACGAUAAAUAACUGUCUGUGGUUGAUUUGGUAUGAAGCGGUGGUCGAUAAUCUUCCAGUUCUGAUGACAAACGGGCUGGGAUGUCAAGCACUUCACCUACUCGUGCAGUACUUCCUGGUGGCAACCUACUUGUGGAUGUUCUGUGAAGGACUCUAUUUGCAUACACUGCUUGUAGUCACAUUUCUGACAGAGUCACGAGUGAUGCCUCUUCUAUAUUUCAUUGGCUGGGGAGUACCAGCAAUUCUCGUGCUAAUAUAUGCAGCAAUGCGCUCGUCGCUCCGAGAGGAGAAAUUGCACUGUUGGAUUCAUGAGUCCCUCUACUCGUGGACAUUGUCGGGACCAGUCUGCAUCUCCAUGUUGGCCAAUCUCGUCUUCCUGAUAAAUAUUGUACGUCUGCUGCUCACAAAAUUACACACUGGACAACCUGUCAGUCCCAAAGCAUCUUUUCAAGACCCACAGUCAUCUGUCAGAUUGAGAAGAAGAAACACUGUACUGAGUCAGACUGGUGUGAUGUCGGGAAGAACGAGGAAAGCAGUGAGAGCGACAUUUAUUCUGAUACCGCUUCUAGGACUCCAAUACAUUCUGAUGCCAUUCAGACCGCAGCAGGGAGCAGCUUGGGAGCCAGCAUACCAGAUCAUUUCAGCCGUUGUUACAUCUUACCAGGGCCUAUGCGUGGCAUCUCUUUUCUGCUUUUUUAACGGUGAGGUUUUAGCAGCAAUUAAGAAAAAAUGGCACCAAUGCCAUUUGAAUAAACAGAAGCCAUGGCCGUACUCAUGUUCCGGUAUCACAACAUUGUCAGUGUUGUUUUGUUGUCAGUUCAGUAGAGCAUCGUUCGUGCAGGAGAUGGCCGACUCCCGCCAGCACCGCCACGCCAACAGCAAUGUCUUCGACUCAUCCGUUGCUGUCAACAAUGUCCAACUCUAAACUCAAAUUAUUGUAAAUACCUUCCAUUCUUGAUGCAGAGAGAACUGUGUGAAAACGCGGCCACUGCUAUUGUGAAUAAUAUAUGUUGAAAAGUCCAUCUCCAAUGUAUUCAUCCAAGCACAUGGGUAAGAUAAUAUCCCACGACUUUCCAACAACAAUAAUACUGUUCAACCAGAGAGUGAAAGCUCUUCAAACAGCUACGUAUAUUGAUCAAGCUUCGAAAAAUGUUUGGAAACUCAUUUGUAUAUUCACAAGAUAAAAUGGCUACCGUACUUUUCAUGAAAUAAAUGAUGUAGCUGUACAACAUGUUAUAGAAAUAUUGGAGAGGAAAUUGGCGUUUAGAUGAUUCUAAAACUUGGAAAAUUCCGACUAAAACGUCAAUUCUUAGCUUAAUUGUUGGUUUUCUAUAUCAUAUAGUUGUAUCAUGAAUAUUCGAUUUCAUCCGAUGGUUAGUAGUCUCAUAAUAUUCUUUCCAAUUGAUGAGCUGUUUCGCGAUUACAAACCAAUCCCUUGACAAAGUGAUAAUGAGAUAAGUAGAGUUAAUGUGGAAUUUUUGGUGAAUAAGAAUAGUUAUUUGCUCCCUUAAAAUGUAUUCGAAUGCAGUCAAUUCCACGCUUGUACAAACUGUGUAGAGUGUUAUUACUUGUGAGAAAAAAGUAAAACAUGACUCCAUACCAGUCUUUAAUACAGUAUAAAUGUCUUUUUUAAAGUGGUAAAAGCCCUCAAAAGCCACUAGACGGUGCUAGAAACUAUCCAGUAGUAGUGCAAAAUUGUCAAUAAACGACCGCACUAAAACCCCUUCACCUCACCGACCUACAAUAAAACACACUCCACUCUCCAACAAAGUUGGAUUCACAUCAUACUGUCAGCAUUCGAUGAAUAAGAAGAAUUGAUGUUGUUUAUCAGAAUUGCUGAAAAUCUGAAGUGAGCUUCACUAUAGAGUACUCUGCCAACCGCAACCCUCCAUACCCCCUCAUAUCAUCUCUUAUUACUUCAGUUUGAAGUGCUAUAUUCAGCUCUAUCCUAGUGUUAAUCAAUAAAUCUAUUAUCUCAGUGAUAAUCAAUAACUAAAAUAAUUGUUUAUAGAGUCCCUACUCUGAUAUUAAAUGUUGGAGCUAUUGUCCCAGUCUAAGCUACAAAAUAUUGCCAUCAUCGAGAUAUAUUGAUAAUAUUAUAGUGUUAAAGAUCGAUAAUAAAUUAUUAUAGAUAUCUAUGACAGUAUCCUUAUGCUCCAACGCACUUCAUGAACUCUCUAUGUUCAUUAAGAUAUUAUAGCUUUAAUUGAAAUGGUUUCGAAACUAUUCUUUCGACGAUUAUUCUAGACGUUAUUGAAACAGUAUUCAAUGAUAAUAUCAAUGAUAUUUUGGAAUUAACAUGAAAUGCAUUGAUUUAAUAAUAGGAUUAAGAAAGUCCAAGAACCCUCUAAACGUGGUUGUUAACAUCAAAAUAAAAUGUGUGAAAUUUGAAAGUUUCCUUACAACACUAUCUUGAUUACUUUAGUUAAGCAUGUAAUACGACGUUUAUUCAAUUUCAGGAAUGUUAAUUUCACUCACAGCAUCAUAUUCCAAGCCAUGUACAGUAUUUGGAAAAUAUCGCAUCAAUGUAUAAUUUGUGGAAGUUCAACAUUUCAUAACAUUAAUUGAACCGUUGCGAAGUUCCUAUCAAUUAUCUAGCUUUCUAUAAUCCAACACACUCAUGGAAUAAUUCUCUCCAUAAAUCAGACAAGAAUUUAACCCCACUCUCCAUAAGAUUCAUGUCUUCCUGCUCUUGCAAUGAUCGUUGAAGGUUUAGUAUCUAUUAGGAGGAUCUCUAAGCUCCCCGCACUAAAUCCUCACAUUCAUCAUCUGUCUUAGUCUGUCUUAUCUCUGAACAAGUGUACCGAAUUUAUCUACUACAGCCUUCACAAUUCUCAUUCUAUCGUGUUCCAACACAAAAGAUAAAUAAUAGAGAAACGAAGCCUAUAAAAAAUGUAUGAAGUGAUAGAAUAUUGAUUGAUGGUGGAAUUUAUUGGUUAUUGUUUCUUGCAUUAGUUCAAAAACUCUUCAUUUGUACAGAGACAAAUUAAUAACAAGGGAAAUGAAACAUCCAACGUAAAAUAAGAAUCUAAUCUCAAAAGUAGAUGAUUAGAGAAGUAGAGUGUUACGUAUGUUUCAAAUCUUGAAUCUUGAUUAUGUAACUCAUCUAGUCAAUAUAACAGCCAAUGUAAUAUCUGUGUCCUCGCAUGAGUUUGUCCCAAUAAAGAUAAAAUCCAGAGAAGAUUGUCCAUGCACGGAGAAGUCCUAUGCUUCUAUGUUGUGCUUCUGAGCUAGUUCACUAAUCGUGGUUCCAUCCAUUUUACAUAGCAUUUAUAAGCUUUGAAUGUAUAAUCCACUUUUUGAACACUAUCGUUACAGCCAAAAAAAGCUCAAUAAUAUUAUUGAUCCUUCGUUUCAACUCAUGACAUGUAUAUAAUAUUACUUAGUAAGUCACUAAUAGUUAUUGGUGUUGAUAUUAAACAAGUGAUUCAUUUAUAUUACUGACAUUUAUAAAUGGCUUCCGUGAUCGGCUUUUAUUUUUCAAUAAAAUAAAUUAAAAUGCUUGAUGGCUACUUUCUAUUCUCCUCAAUAUUCCAUAUUGGCUUAAUAACUUUUACGAUUCGGUUUUGAUUUAUCAAUCUCAAUCCGA